CCUAUAGAUUCGGAAGCUCUAGUGGUGGAAGCAGUGUGAUCUGUGGUUUUAACCAGCCCUCCAGGUGACCCUGAUGCAGAAAAAGUUUGAGAACCACUCUCCUCCAUGGGAACACGCAUGCACUCAGCACCAAAGUUGUUAAUCUGGAAAGUUACAUGGGUAGGUACACAGCCAGCCACCUGGCGUUCCAGCUCGAGAAUGCAGUUUUAUCUCUUUGGAGGCAAAAUUCAAAUCUCAUUUGUUUAUCUGAUAAAUGAAAUAGCUUAUUUUAAGAGACCAACCCAAGAGUAAAUUUCUUCUUUUUUUUUAACAGCAGGGAGCUCAAAACACACCUGGUUACAAUUUCAGUUUCUCAAUGGCAUGUUGAGUGCACAGCCCGGCUCCACGAGCAGGAACAAAUCAAGACCACUGCAAUCUUUGCCAACUGCUCAUCACAGGUGCUCCCGGUACAACUCAGGCAAGGUGUGGGCGGGGUCUGGGCGGGGCUGUCUGGCCCUGACGAAACUGCCGUUCCCCGGCAGCCAAUCAGUACCUAGCACGGGCCGCUGCCUGCCAUGCCGUUAGCUCGGUUACCACGUGCAGAGCAGUUUACUCCUUGAAGUCAGUGUCCAUCCGCCCUGAAAAAAGAGGACCCUUCCCACUUCCACUGGCCCCCAGGCCCUUCAAUCGCCCAGAGUGGACAUUGAGAAAAAGGAAAAUGACUGGGAGAGCCAGAGCGAGAGCAAGAGGAAGGGCUCGUGGUCAGGAGAUGGUGCAGCAUGUGGGCGCCUCUGUGAGUCAGCAGCCUGGUUACAUUCAGCCUCGACCUCAGCAGCCGCCAGCAGAGGGGGAAUUAGUUGGCCGUGGACGACAGAGAGGAACAGUGGGAGCAACAGGGAAGUCACAAGAACUCCAGAUAUCUGCUGGAUUCCAGGAGUUAUCAUUAGCAGAGAGAGGAGGUCGUCGUAGAGACUUUCAUGAUCUUGGUGUGAAUACAAGACAGAACCUAGAUCAUGUGAAAGAAUCAAAAACAGGUUCUUCAGGUAUUAUCGUAAGGCUAAGCACUAACCAUUUCCGAUUGACAUCCCGUCCCCAGUGGGCCUUAUAUCAGUAUCACAUUGACUAUAAUCCAUUGAUGGAAGCCAGAAGACUCCGCUCAGCUCUUCUUUUUCAACAUGAGGAUUUAAUUGGAAGGUGUCAUGCUUUUGAUGGAACGAUACUAUUUUUACCUAAAAGACUACAGCACAAGGUUACUGAAGUUUUCAGUCAGACUCGAAAUGGAGAGCACGUGAGGAUAACAAUCACCCUGACAAAUGAACUCCCACCUACGUCACCAACUUGUUUGCAGUUCUAUAAUAUUAUUUUCAGGAGGCUUUUGAAGAUCAUGAAUUUGCAACAAAUUGGACGGAAUUACUAUAACCCAAGUGACCCAAUUGAUAUUCCAAAUCAUAGAUUGGUGAUUUGGCCUGGCUUCACUACUUCUAUUCUUCAGUAUGAAAAUAACAUCAUGCUCUGCACUGAUGUCAGUCAUAAAGUUCUUCGAAGUGAAACUGUUCUAGAUUUCAUGUUCAACUUGUUUCAUCAAACCGAAGAACACAAAUUUCAAGAACAAGUGUCUAAGGAACUGAUUGGUUUAAUUGUUCUCACCAAGUAUAACAACAAAACAUACAGAGUAGAUGAUAUUGACUGGGACCAGAAUCCAAAGAGUACCUUUAAGAAAGCAGAUGGCUCUGAAGUCAGUUUCUUAGAGUACUACAGGAAGCAAUAUAACCAAGAAAUCACUGACUUGAAACAGCCAGUUUUGGUCAGUCAGCCUAAGAGAAGGAGAGGCCCUGGCGGCACAUUACCAGGCCCAGCCAUGCUCAUCCCUGAGCUCUGCUACCUCACAGGUUUAACUGAUAAAAUGCGUAAUGAUUUUAAUGUGAUGAAAGACUUGGCUGUUCAUACAAGACUGACUCCAGAGCAAAGGCAGCGUGAAGUAGGAAGACUGAUUGAUUAUAUUCAUAAAGAUGAUAAUGUGCAGAGGGAGCUUCGAGACUGGGGUUUGAGCUUUGACUCCAACUUACUGUCCUUCUCAGGAAGAAUUUUGCAAGCAGAAAAGAUUCAUCAAGGUGGAAAAACAUUUGAUUACAAUCCACAAUUUGCAGAUUGGUCAAAAGAAACAAGAGGUGCACCAUUAAUUAGUGUUAAGCCACUAGAUAACUGGUUGUUGAUCUAUACUCGAAGAAAUUAUGAAGCAGCCAAUUCGUUGAUACAAAAUCUAUUUAAAGUUACACCAGCCAUGGGCAUACAAAUGAAAAAAGCAAUAAUGAUUGAAGUGGAUGAUAGAACUGAAGCCUAUUUAAGAGUCUUACAGCAAAAGGUUACGUCAGAUACCCAGAUAGUUGUUUGUCUGUUAUCAAGUAAUCGGAAAGACAAAUAUGAUGCUAUUAAAAAAUACUUAUGUACAGAUUGCCCUACUCCAAGUCAGUGUGUGGUGGCCCGAACCUUAGGCAAACAACAGACUGUCAUGGCCAUUGCUACAAAGAUUGCGCUGCAGAUGAACUGCAAGAUGGGAGGAGAGCUUUGGAGGGUUGAUAUGCCUCUGAAGCUAGCGAUGAUAGUUGGCAUUGAUUGUUACCAUGAUACCACAGCUGGACGGAGGUCAAUUGCAGGAUUUGUGGCAAGCAUCAAUGAAGGGAUGACUCGCUGGUUCUCUCGCUGUGUGUUUCAAGACAGAGGACAAGAACUAGUAGAUGGGCUUAAGGUCUGCUUACAAGCUGCUCUAAGGGCUUGGAAUAGCUGCAAUGAAUACAUGCCUAGUCGAAUUAUUGUGUAUCGGGAUGGCGUAGGAGACGGUCAGCUUAAAACACUGGUGAACUAUGAAGUACCACAGUUUUUGGAUUGCCUGAAAUCUGUUGGUAGAGGUUACAACCCAAGACUAACGGUAAUUGUGGUGAAGAAACGUGUCAACGCCAGAUUUUUUGCUCAGUCUGGAGGAAGACUUCAGAAUCCACUUCCUGGGACAGUUAUUGAUGUAGAGGUUACAAGACCAGAAUGGUAUGACUUUUUUAUCGUGAGCCAGGCAGUGAGAAGUGGUAGUGUUUCUCCCACACAUUAUAAUGUCAUCUAUGACAGCAGUGGCCUGAAGCCAGACCACAUCCAGAGGCUAACCUACAAGCUAUGUCAUGUCUAUUAUAACUGGCCAGGUGUCAUCCGUGUUCCUGCUCCUUGCCAGUAUGCCCACAAACUGGCUUUCCUUGUUGGCCAGAGUAUUCAUAGAGAACCAAAUCUGUCACUGUCAAAUCGUCUUUACUACCUCUAACCUACAGAAGACGACAAGAUGUGGCUGCGUUUUUCUUUUUGAAAUUAUAUCUUCAGGAUUUUUUUUUAAGCUCUUAUUUUUUUAACUGUUAUCUUUCUAGAUGAAACUUGGGAAGGAAACUAGGAAAUCUAGAGUCAUUUCUAACUUUACUAUUGACUUAUUUUAUAGGUAAAAAUUAAGAUUUACUCUUUUAUCUUGUUCUCAUAAAUGUGAGGAUUUUUUGUUUUGAAAAAGUGUGGAGAAGAUGUUUUUUACUAUAAGCAGAAUCUCUUAAACUAUUUGAAAAGUAGGUAUUUACUUGAAAAUGUUCUCAGGAGUGAGUAAGUCCUACUUGUAAAGCUAUAGUGGCCUUGUUUUUGAAAUACUUAGUUUGAAUUUAAAGGAGAGAAAAGGAAUAAAGUGGAGGGCUCACUACAAUCAUAACGUAGGAUUUUACUCUAUCUGAUGAUCUCAUUUUACAGGAAAAGCUGCCAUUAAAUAACCUAUACAAGGUAUAGGAAAAGUGUGAGAGUAUGAAGAAGGAUGCUUAUUUUUUAUUUCAUUUUGGGGGCUAGGUAUUAUGGGGGUUAAAAAAAGAUAGUUGAAAUUUUAAAUUUCUGUCCAAAGAAAUAUUUUAAUCCUGUUUAAUAAAAGAGACCAGCAGUCUAUAUUAACAUUACUUUUUUUUUUUUUUUUUUUGCAACUGGGACAUAAUUCCAUUUGUUAUAAAAUAAAAUUACAAUGAUUGUCAUCUUA